AUGGUUGCUCCAAUAGGCCUGCAAGUUGUAGCAACAUGUGAAAUUGAAGAAAAAACCAUAAUACAAGGUGUAUUUGGUAUUUAUAAACCACUCAGAAAUGAACAUGAAAGCACAAUAGCAUUCAUCAAUCAUCACUGUAAACCAAAUUGUGAAUACGUAUCUUCAAACCCAAGUUAUGUAAAACUUAGAAGUUUGAAGAAAAUCCAAAAAGGAGAGGAAUUAUUUGUCUACUAUGGAGAUAACUACUUUGACAGUGAUAAUAAAAAUUGUGAAUGCUCAUUUUGCAAGCCCAUUGAUACAAUAAAGAUAUCAAAUGAAGCACCAAAUAAUGAACUUGAUACUAAUCUGGAAGUACUGAAUGAUGAGCUUGAUUCCAGUCAGAAAGCAUCACAUGAUGAAUUUAAUUCUACUCUGGAAACAAUAAACGAUGAACUCGACUCCACUCAGAAUGCAUCAUAUGAUCAACUUAACUCUACUCUGGAAGCAGAUUUUUUUGGAUUUGAAAAUUCAACAACAAACGAAGACAUUUCAUUUCAGUCUGAACUGUAUCUGUAUAAGGAAAAGAACAAGAGGAGGACUACUGAUAGCAUUCAAACUGACAAAAUAUUGAAAGUAAUUUUGCCUAAAAUAAGUUUGGAGGACUACAAAAAGUCAAUGACCGAUAAUUAUAAAAAUGACACUCCCAAACAAAAAAGACCAUUUUGCCCUUUCUGCAAAAAAUUUAAAAGUCGAUUCUCUGAUCACAUCCAGAGCGUACACAGUAACGAGAAAGAUGUUCAAAAAUUGAUGAAAUGCAAAGAUAAAAAAUUGAGAAGUGCCAUUUUAUCAAAUCUAAGAAGCAAAGGUUAUGGAAUGUACUUUGAAAUAACUGGGACCAUGAUCCCUGUCAAAAAACCCAAGAAGAAUGCCUCUAACGUUGAAAAAGUUCAAUGUCCUACUUGUCAGGGACAUUAUUCUAAGUCAACGAUCUGGAAACACAAAAAAAUUCACCUUUAUUACAGAACAUGA